CGCUCGCGUCGCUUGUUAUUUCGCGUACACGGUGCGGUUUAAUCCACGUUUCUGUAAUCAAAUCAAUUUUUCGUACAACGUUUUUUGUAUAGAGACAUAAAUGAACAAGAACUAUUGUUGUAUUGUGUUUUGUGUUAAGACUGUUUAGAUAAGUGCUGUCUUGCAUAAAUUUUACCUGAAACUGAAAGCUCAGGUCGCAUAUUUCAUAAAUUAACAGCUGAAUUGCAUCCAACCAUGAGGGACGAGCGUGCUUGCCCGCCGCGCGUGCGCAUCGCUGUCAUUGGCAGCUCCCGAGUUGGCAAGUCUGCUCUCAUCGUACGGUACCUCACAAGGCGAUACAUCGGCGAAUACCAUUCAAAUACAGAUCUACUUUAUAGGCAAACGGUGCCAAUAAACGGUACCCCAGUGGAGUUGGAGGUGAUAGACGUAUCUGGCUCAAAUGCUGACAAGUUUCCGGCAGAACAGAUACAAUGGGCAGAUGCAUGCCUGCUUGUGUAUUCAGUGACUGACAGAAGUAGCUUUGAAUACGCCCAAGAAAUCCUAAAUACACUGAAAAGGUCACCUUCGAAUAGCAGUCCGGCACACGGACCCGCUGCAGCAUCCUCGGGCAUGCCUCUUGCAUUACUAGGAAACAAAACAGACUUGGAUCAUCUAAGACAGGUGCCAACUAAAGAGGGUCAGGCGAUAAGUUCAGCCCACGGCGCUUCGUUCAGCGAAGCGAGCGUAGCAGACAAUUCCGGUGACCUCUACCGGUGCGUCGACCGCUUGCUCGCCGAGGUCCGAACUCCGCAGAGGACGAGAAAGUUCUCGGUAACGAAAAUGCUGGGAUCGUUAAUAGGUGGUGCAACCAACAACAACCACAGCACCCGGGGGUCAGUCGUUGCCUGCCCCAGGGUCCCAGCGCCGGCAAGGCCCCCACUCGCGGCCGCGGCGCCAUGACCGGAGCCGCAGCCAGUGCACCAGGCUCGCUGACGCCUCACCGGCGCCGCCUGCCUUGUCUGUCUGCCAGUGACGUCGCCUACAUUCUUGUCAUCCGCAAGACUGUUUACCAACUAAAUGUUUAAAAGUCACCCUUAUGUACAGUAUGCACGAUCUAAGUUUGCCGGACUGAAAUUAGUCACGUUUGACUGCGCAGAUACCGCAUUCAAUUCGUACAUUACAUAAUAGUCUGCAAUCUUAUUGACAGUCCUGUAGGGUACUAAAAAAAUACAAGUUUAGUACGCUCGCAAACGCAGUCUUUUACGAGUAUCAAAACAUACAUCUUUGUAACAAAAUGGAUCUAAUUCACCUAUCUUAGAGACGGAAAUCCUGGACUGCUAAUUUUGAUUUUUGAAACGUUUUUCUAUGCGAUUGUCUUAAGAAUUUUUGACGAAUCAAUGCAGAUAAUUCCACGCUACACUGACGUUCCAGCGUUUCGAUACUCAAAAACGACUUUACGAUUGAGAGCGUACUAAGUAUUAAUGUCGCUCAGUACCCGCGCCAGCUCAGUUUAGGGCGGAAAAACUUGCUUGCUUGUAUUUAAGAACGCCCUAAAGUACACGCAAAAACUUUUCAGGGCGGUCAGAAAGUUUAGAGAUUAUUUAUUGUAGGUACAUGCGUGAACGUCUCAGACAGGCAAAUUUCGGCCCGGCCUAGUAUGAUUGUGCGACCUGUAAGCUGCAUGAGAUCAUUUUAGUGCGCUCUGAUGAUUGUUUGAACAGAUUUGGUGAACUUAGACACUAUAUAUAACGUGAGACGCUAUUCGCUAAGGUGUUCAGGGUGUGACUACUAGAACUUUCUAUAGUGUAUAUUCUGAUCCACGUAUCCAAUGAACAGUUACGCCUGUAAAAUUUAGGCAUAGGAUACAAGGACAUAUUCCUAAGACUGCCUCUACUUUUUGUAUGUAGUUAUUGUAUUAUUAGUGUGAGUAAUAACAAAUGAAAAAGGAAACAAAUAAGAGGAAUAAGACAUUGCUUUGUCAUAUUGCUUUUAUAAAGUGUAUACAGCAGCCUUACUCAACGUGCAAACAAACAAAACUUUUUAAUUCCAAUGCCCAAGGUAAUGAAAAGUAAUCGUAAGUGAACUUUGAGGGUGCUUGGUAGUAGUUUAACGAGUGAUUUUUUAAACGUAUUUUGUAUAAAAACCUAUAUGAGGCAAAAUAACGCUAUAUAUAGAUAGCUACUAUUCGGAAAACAAAAUUAGUAUUGUUUGGAUUAAAUAUCCCUAUAUUAAUUUUAAUUACAACAAGUGACAGGAAUGGGAUAUUGGUGCAUAUUCUAAGGCUUUAAAGGUCUCUUAAGCAUUGAUCAACGCAAGCAACUGGGUGGAAAUAUCGACAAAUUCAAAAUAUUAUCGUGGUAUGUACCCGUUGAUCUAUGCUUAAGAAAUGUUGAUUAACCACGAAAAUAUUAGUUUAAAAGCUUUAAAGGUCGCUUAAACUUUGCACUAUAACUGAUGUGUGUACCUUCUUUAUCUAUAAGUAAAUAUGAGUAACUAAAACUUUAUUUAGAUUAUAAAGAAUUGAUGCUUAAAAUUACUAUGUAUAUAUAUAUAUACUGUAUCUAUUUUGAAUCUUGACAAUAACCACCUCUUGGAGUCAUCGUUGAAAUAAAGAUACCUGAUUAACUAAAUAAAUAAAUGUGCCAAAGAUCUUUUGUGUUUGUAGCUGUAGUCGUAAGCGUUAUACGAUUAUGAAUUAAAUUGUCCUUUGAUGCACACCAUUAAAUGGAUGUGACUAAAUCAUUGUAAAUAAUUAAAACAUAAUAUUUUAAAUAUUGUUAUAAAAAUAUAUUACAAACGAAUAUUGAUGUUGCAAAUUACAAAAAAAUGAUAUAAAAGAAAUUCAUCUGGUCAUAAGCAUUUAGUAGAUGUAAAAUUGAAAUAUGUAGUUUUUGUGAGAUGUUUUUACCCCUAGAGAACUCUAAAAUCAUCUGGUAUCGAAAAAACUGACCUGCCUACGUAAGUAAAAAACAAGAAUGAGAUGAAUGAGUGAUAAAAUCAAUAAAAUUAUAUAUUUAACUUAUGUGAAAUUGCAGUCGUUUUUAUUCGGUUAUUUUAAUCAACAUCUGAAAAUCUAAAUCUAAAGAUCUGAAACUGUUUACAGCUCACUCUAAAAGUAAUAAAUAAUAUAUGGUAGAUUUUGUUUGUUGAUACUUUACAAACCAGUAGUCAUUUUCAUUUAUUAACGAUUUCUACUUAUUUGUUUAAAUAUUGUCAAAAUAUAAUAUAUUCAAAUGUACUACUCAUGUAACUGUAUGAACACUUAGACUCGUUGUCGGGACUUACUUUUAGGCCACGAAUAUUGUAUAAUUCUAAUUAUUCUGAGUAUUCUUAAGUGUAGCCAAAUUUGCAUACAAAAUCUUUUCUACUUUUACACAGUAUUAAUAAUUUUAAGAUUAGUUUUAAUCUUAUUAAAAACGCAUCUAAACUAUAUUGAGUUUCUCCCAAUCUCAAUUUAAUUCUUUGAUCAUAUUUGAGUGUUUGCCCUAUCAGUAGAGGUAUUCAUUAAUGAUGUAGUUUCAAAAUGUACUCCAAAUAUAUAAGUGUAUUCAAAGAGAAUAGAAACACAAUAGGGGUAGUUACGAUUUUAUGUCAUAGCAAAUCCUGGGAGCUGACUUCUAUCGCUUAAAGCAGUGUUAUUUUAAUAUUGUUGACGAAAUUGUUUCAGAAAUAUCAUAAUCCUCGUUUUAGAGGCAUCAAGGUAUUUCUUAGAAACUAUAUUUUGUUUAAAUUAUAUUGCUUUUAGCAAUAUGAGUUCUCUGUAUUCAGAAACAUGCAUAUUUCCAGUGCAUAUCUAUGAUAUAAUUCAGUAAACUUUCUAAAAAUUGUUAACCGGUGCAGUGGACACCAUCAAAAUGUACCUAUAUUGCACAUAAUUUGAUUUGAGUGUAAUUUGUCAAAAUACCCAGACUUGUUUAAGACCUCACAUUGGUAACUUGUCGGCAAUCAGGAGUUAUUUUUUUUUUUAAUCCUUCAACUAGUUAGCUAUGUUUCAUAAAUAAAUUGAUCAUGAAAUUAUCACUUUGCGAUGGCCCAAACAGCCGGGGUCCGUUUUUAGGUAGUACAAAUUACGUUCAUUAUUCAACGUUUAAAAAUGCUUUUUGUCAAGUCUAGUCAUUAGGUAUAGGCUGUGAAAAAGACAUUGUAGAAUGAAAUGAAUGUUAUUUUCAUAAUUAAUACCAAAGAACCAAAUAUUAGAUGUUAAAAAUGAACAAUACUGAUUUACAUAUGUGUCAAAGACGACCUAUAUGUUUGUUGGUAUUCGUCUUUGGAAACACAGAUUGACCUAACCUAACCUAUUAAUAGGAAGAUACUUAUAUAGAUCUAAUUAUCACACAAACUCGCACAUGCAUAUAAUACAUUAUGAUGCGAUUCUCAUAUGAACAAAUCCGAAUUCGGAUUGAGACGUUACCACUACGAGCUUCCAGAUUCCAAAUCAAUAUAAGAUUUUAUUUUGAUUUGGAAAAUUGCUUCUAGUUUACUUUUAUAACAAUUAUUUUGUUUAAAAUCACAUUCCUUACUAAAUUGCCGAAGUUGGUCGGUUGGUUCAAUAGGUUUUCCAUUGACUAAAUGUUCCGAAAACAUGAUAUUUAAAGAGAUGGCAAAAGAUUAUAUUAAGUAGAUAAUAUUAAGAGAAAAAGAAAUAUGAACUGAUUGAUUUAUAAGAUGUAAAUAGUAAUUUUAUGUUAAUGAAUUAAAUUGUAUGAUAAUGA